GGAAUACUGUAAUGUUCAAAAACUGUGCAUAAACACACACACACACACACACACACACACACACCUGAAAAUAAGGAUAUUUUAAGUGGGUUUAAAUUCAGUAAAACAUAGUGCACAUUUUUAGUCAGUAGGUUGUAAAAGAACAAAUUGUAAAAACAACAACCAAUACAGGUGCUAGAAGUUGAGGCAGCUAAAGAAAAAAAAAAUCCCUUUUUAGUUACUUUUAUGAAUAUUUUUUCUUCCAAAUAAUUGCAAAUGAGUGUAAGAUUCUGAUUAUGUUUUGUUGAUUUAAAUACAGUAUAAAAAAUAAAAAAUGUAACUUUGCAGUCACACAUUAUAUAAGAGAAAUUACCAUUCACAAAAGUUCAGAUUAUUGAUGUGGAUGUUACCUGUUAUUUUUUCUAAUACCUAUUAACAAUAAUUUUAAAAAAAGAAAAGAAAAGAAAAAAGAGAGGAGGGCGUUUGUGUUUUGUUUUUACAGUGUAGCCUUACAGCAACUUUAGUUUAUGUUACUCAAAUGUAACUACUAUAAAUGAAUACUUGAAGAAAUGCAAAAUUAUAAAUAAAUGAGGUACACUAACAUGUCUUUAAAAGGAGCACAGUUAGUCCACAGUUAACCUAUUGUUUGCCAACUGAACGUAAAAAAAAAAAAACUAAAAACGCUCCAGUCCAUAAAGCUUAACUUUUGUUUGUUUGGUUGUUUCUUCCUCCUCGUCCUCAGUUUGCUCCUGCAGCUGAACCGGCCCUGCUAGUUUCACUUCGCUGUGAGAUCGGACGGAGUCAGUUCGUCAGUCAGUCAGUCAGUCAGUCAGUCAGCCUGUCGAUCAGUUUGUCAGUCAGUCGGUGCACGAUGAGCCUGAACGUCCCGGGGCUGGUGGUGCUGGUACUCUUCUACCUGAUGGUGCUCGGUACCGGGCUGUGGGCCGCCGUCAAGUCCAAACGGGUGCAGAAAAGCAGCCAGGCGGACCGGACCGAGGUCACUCUGCUGGGCAACAGAGGGAUCAGCCUGGCGGUGGGAGUCUUCACCAUGACAGCUACAUUUGUUGGAGGCGGCUUCGUCGUGGGUCUGGCAGAGGCGGUGUACGAUCCAUCCAUGGGACUGACGUGGGCCGUCAUGCCAGCAACAGCAGCCGUGUCUUUCAUUGUUGGUGGACUUUUCUUUGCCAAAACAAUGAGAGACAAAAAAUAUGUGACGAUGAUGGACCCGUUCCAGAUCAAGUAUGGAAACGUAAUAAGUGGAAUUCUGUCUGUGGCGUUACUCAUAUCUGACAUCCUCUGGGUGACAGGAACUCUAAUGGGCUUAGGAUCAACAAUAAGCGUGAUCCUGGAUCUGUCCUAUGGUCUUUGCAUUUGGAUCUCUGCUGUAGUCGCCAUCAUAUACACACUAAUGGGAGGCCUCUACUCUGUGGCCUACACGGAUAUAAUACAGCUAAGCCUCAUAUUUUUCAGUUUGUGGCUCUGUGUCCCCUUUGUCCUGAUGAACCCCCACUCAGCUGACAUUACUGAGACUGCUUUCAACUUUACCUAUCAGGCCCCUUGGAUUGGUUCUGUGGAUGAAGACAGAGCAUGGAGGUGGAUUGAUAAUUUCUUAAUAUUGUGCUUAGGUAACCUCGGAUAUCAGGACUUCCACCAGAGAACCCUGUCGGCCUCCUCAUCAACUACAGCCAUGAUCACCUGCUUCAUUGCAGCUCCCUUCGUCUUGGUCCUCGGCAUCCCGUCUAUUUUGAUGGGAGCAGUCGCAGCAUCAACAGACUGGAACUCGACCUCAUAUGGCUCCCCGUCCCCGUUGGAGCGCGGAGAAAUUUCCCAUAUUCUGCCAAUUGUCCUGCAGUACCUCACUCCAAACUACAUCUCCAUCAUUGGCAUCGGCGCUGUAGCUGCCGCUGUGAUGUCCUCAACAGACUCUGCUUUAUUGUCUGCUGCCUCCAUCUUCACUCGCAACAUAUACAAGAACAUCCUCAGACCAAAGGCAUCAGACAGGGAGUUCCAGUGGGUGAUCCGCCUCACCGUGGUGUUGGUGGGCGUGGUCGGGACAUCACUAACCUUCCUGAGCAACAGCAUCAUGCUCCUCUGGAUCCUGGGCUCAGACAUAACCUACACCAUCAUGUUCCCUCAACUAGUCUGCAUCCUCUUCUUUAAUGUCUCCAAUGGCUACGGCGCCGUCAUGGGUUUGCUGGUCGGGCUGCUGUUGAGAGUGCUGUGCGGCGAGCCUUCCAUCGGGCUGCCUGUUGUCCUCCACCUGCCAGGUUGCACUCUGGAAGAUGGCGUGUAUGUCCAGCACUCUCCAGUAAGGACAAUCUGCAUGCUGUCUACUGUCAUCUCCACUUUGUUGUUCUCCUAUGUGGUCUCAGUGCUCUUUACAAAUGGACUGAUUCCAGAGAGGUGGGACGUACUCAAAGUGAAAACCCAGAAACCCUCAGAGACACUGACAUUAAACAGCAACGGCACAGGAGAGGGGGACAAGUCUGAAGUUCACCAAGAAUUAAUGUUGAACACUAAUCAGCUGUAAUGUUGAGAAGUGAUUUUAAUGGGAUUCACAUGUGUUUUGUGCAAUACUAUAUCAUUAUGUCUCUGUUUUUAUACCAAGUACUUAGGGACAGGGUAAUCCUGGCUGUGGGAUGUAAUUAAUUUGUAAUUUCUUUAGGUAAAUAUUGCUGCGGUUUCAUUGACUGGCUGUAUUUACUAGUGAGGGAUUCUGGUGUAGUUUUAUAUCAAUAGAAGCUCAAAGAACCCAGAAAGUAAGUAAACUGGGUCUAUAAACAUCCAUCCAUAUAUAGUAUUGAGUAACAGUUACACACUUUUAGAUAGCAGUUUUCAUACACAUAGAAUGUGACAAAGUGCUUUUAAGAAGAAAAAGAAAAAAUAUAAAAACAGUACCCCCAAUAAACCCAAUAAACCACCUCUAGAAGACUACCAGGGAUCUGAUAAAUAGGUAGCACCAAGACCAUAAAGGUUUACAUAAACACAUCUUCAAAUUAAUUCUAAUGUGCUCUCGUGCAACACGGGCAGUGACGUUUUAAAGCAGUUGUCCUGCUGGAAUAAAGAUAAGCAGCAGUGGCUCUGUAUUGGCCUAAGAAAAAAACGGUAACACUCUUAUCAUUUAAAUAUUUUUUUAAAUGAAAAAGUACAUUCUUAGCCAUGUUUCAAAGGCUCAAAAGAUGACGCCAAGGUUUUACACUUACGACGUUUGUAUUUAAGUCUCAUACCAGCAAAAAACACAAAAAUAAAUACAUACAUCUGUAGUCUGCCUUUACCAUAUAAAAGAAGAAAAGUUAUUACAUAGUAAUAAACAGUAAAGACAUAGUAACUAAAAAAUGACAAUGUGUUAGUCAGCAAAAUGAAACAAAAGUGAAGGACAUAAGAAAAAUAGUAAACAAGAAGGUUCAUGUUUAGAAAUAAAAUCUUUUUUGCCAUUAAUACCUACAAGUUUUGCAUUCUCACCUUUUUCACUCCUUAAUGAUGACAAUUUUUUCCUCUGUUUGUUUUUUAUUAUAUCUUGUUGCUAUGACACAGCCUUGUGGACUAGUCACAUUGCAUUUCACUGCCUGUACUGUAUGAGCAUAUGACAAGUAAAAACUCAUGAGUUCUACAGUGUUUUAUAUUUCCAGCAAGAUUUUUAACACAUUUACAAAUUCCAAUUAUUUGUAUUUUUUGAGCAAUAACAUCAGUGUCAUGCCACUGCUUACAGUUAAACAUUGAUUUUGUCUCUUUGAGUUUAGGUACUAAUGACUUUCAUCAAUCAAUAGUGAUCAUAAUGACCUCUAAUAAUUACUGGAACCCACAGUAAAGGUAGCCUAUCUUGAAGAUACUGAAGGACACCUAUAUUGUAGGUUGUUUAUCUAGCAACUGAAUUCUCUUGGGAGAUAAAUGUACAAUUGAUUUUAGGCCUUUUUCUGUUUUGGUGGCAUCCUUGCAUUCCACUUAACAUAGAUCAGUCAAAGAAAAAUGGACAAAUUUGACUGUAAAAUGAAAAAAAUGUAGCUCCUAACACACUGUAAAAUUACAUUUUUAACUCAUCUGUUUUGAAUAGUUUACGGGUAUUUUACAAUAAAGUAAAACAUAGCAAA